UCUUCUCUGUUUCUCAUGCUCCCCCCUUUCCCUCUGUUUUAAAUGCAGGUCCAUGCUGAAUGAGCCAAUGUGGGUCAGAACUGCAUAAAAGUGUAAUAACAGAUGGUAUGAAGGUCUAGUUGCUUGGCUGAGGAAAUACCAUGGCACAGGAAACCUACAUUUACAUGAAUGUAGCAGACACACUUGAGAGCAGUGCCAACACCUACCACAGUUCAUCCUUCUGCCUUAGUACACCAUAUGGCUACCAGCUUGAUCUAGACUUCGUUAAGUACGUAGACGACAUUGAACAAAGCGACACCAUUCGGCGACUGGGCUUUAACAGACGGCCCAGGGCCGAUCCAGCCUCUGAAGCACAGAGCAGGGUUGACCCCUCCCAAUGGGCCUCUUCUGAAUCGCUGUCAUCUGUGAGCAGCGAUGAAGCUCGAAAUCCCUCGGUCACCACAACGUCAUCCAUCUCUUCUUCUAUCAACAGAAGAAGACCCCCGCUUCCUCCCUCCCAUUCUUUACCUAAAACCACCUCUGCUACUCUUGAGUCUUCUCAGACCCCACCUGCUUCUCAUAGACCAUCAGAUGGGAAACCUCCUCCAGUUGCAUGUCAACCUACUUCACCUACUAAACCAAACCCUCUAGUGGAGAGAACCUUGGUAGAGACUCGCAGACGUUUGGAGCAAGAGAAUGUGUUAUCCCAGGCAGUGCCCCAAGAGCUAUGCCCAAGGCGUAGACUUGCCAGCUUUGGUGGCGUGAGCUCAAGUGGUACUCUGUCCCCUUACACUAGCUGGAAUGCCCUCAGCCAGGCACAGACCCAGGCACUAUCCAAGCGAUCAGUUGGUGAUCAGUCUAGUCAAGGCCAGGGGGCUUCCACAAUGAGCAGCACCUCAAUGAGAAUCAGUCCGUUGAGCUCUGGCCGGGCUACUCCAGUGACCAGUGUUAGUCCACUCCAUCUGCAACUGGUCAGGGAUCAGAUGGUGGUGGCACUGGAAAGACUGAAAGAGCUGGAGGAACAAGUAAAGACUAUACCUAUGCUUCAAAUUAAGAUCUCUACCCUACAAGAAGAAAAGAGACAGUUGGUUGCUUUGGUGAAGCAACAAGAAGGUCAAAGUUUAAGUUCUACCCUAGAUUCAGAUUUGCAAGGGCUAUUUAGGAAGCGGGCACAUAGCACAGGUAGUACUUUACAGCAGUUACAGCAGCAUGAUGUUAAGAUGCAGAUAACCAAAGAAAGCAAGAGGGAGUCAUCAGGGGAUGUGGAAGGCUGGGAACAUGGUGCCUUGUCUGGGCUGCAGGAGUUCAAGCAACUCAGUGCUGAAAUGCACCUUCUUGAGAAGAAGAUUCAAGAUGCUCGUCUGGCUGCUCACCCAGUUGCAAAAGCAAGAGCUUUAAUUCGAAGAUCAGUGACUGUUGGUGAGAACAAGAACAUGUGUGAAGACUGCAGAUGUACGAAAAGUUCCUUUAGGGAUGUUGCAGUGGAGAAGCGUUCAACAGCAGUUGGUGUUACUGAAGCAAUGUUGGGUACAGUGCCUGAUUCCGAGUUGGAGCUUGAGAUGCAACAGCAAACUAUCCAUGUUUUGAGUGACAGAGUCCAAACAUUGGAGGCAGAGCUUAAAGAGGCUUUGCUUAAUGCGGAAAUGUGCAGACUGAAAGAUGAACUAAGGGAAGCAGGAUCUCACAACCGUGCUGACAAGAGCUCUAGUGCCCAACCAAAGAUGCAAAGCAGUGGCUUCCAGACUACGACACAGACACGGUCUGUUGGGGUUGGGAACCACAGCCAACUUGUACAUGCUGCUGUUGGUGGAGGGGCAGUCCAAGCUCUUCACACAGUAGGAGUGACUUGCAAGCCAGAGACGAGGGAUAUGACCUCUGGUCCAGAUGUACCUAUUGAUCUUUGGGAGGUGCGGAAAAAAGUGCAGAGGAGAGAUCAGUGUGUAGGGAAAGACUAUGUGCCAACUUGCAGCCAGUGUGUCGGGACAGCCAUGAUUGUUCGUGAUACUGGGAUGGUUACUCUGGAGUUAAUGGAGACUUUGAGCAAGAGGAAGGUACCUAGUCGAACAGUAGGCUGUGGGGACUGUACCAUAGACAUGAAUGUCAAUGUGGUCAAACCACUUGUUUCCAAAGGCAUGGUCACCGACCCAGUCAAAGGGAUCGAUCUUGGUAUCACAGUAAACCCACAGACCAUGUCCCAACGUACCAAUACCACCAUCAGUACUGUUUCUCGCUGCACUGGCACUUCACAGGCCCAUGUUUCUGAAUCCAGCACCAACACAACUAACAUGCCUACUCGAGAAAGACAUACCAACACUGCUUCUGUAGUCACUCGAACGCUUGCAAUCGGUGAUGGAAAAGUUAACGACCAAAGCCCUGCUCUCAAAGUGCGCUCCAUUGCUGUAGGAACUACUGGAUACUUGAAAGAGAGUAAAAUAGCCCCUAGUGUCCCCAAAGUAAUGACUCGUGACACUGGUGUUGGGUUAGCUAACGUUAACGAGAACUACCUGGUGGGACUACGGACGCGAAACAUCGCUUGCGGUCCGUCCCGCUUACCAGACCCUAUCAAGACUCGCAGCAUAGGUGUCGAAGUUGGUGAUGGGAGAAUCCGAGACGUAAAUGGGCACAUUCAAGUUCUUGCACACCCACUACAGCCACAUUUAUGUGCAGAAUCUGAACCUGGACUGGAUCAUUACAUAGAUCGAAUGCAGAAGCUGCUAAAAGAGCAGCAGUGUCUGCUAACUGAUGGCCAUUUUGAAGCAAGAGAAGAGCAAGAGGUCACCAUUCAGAUCCAGGACCACAGAGAUACACAACAUGGAGUAUUUGGAUACGGCUCUCCUUCAAAAAAUAACAACAUUUCUGAGCAUAAGAUGAGGCAUCCAACGAGAUCAUUUAAUGAUUCUGCGAGUGAUUUGAGCUCUCCAAGAUCAAUCAUAAAGAGACAGGACAUCAGCCCGAGAGCAGAGUGCAGGAGGACUGUUAAAUGUCUGGCUGCUGGGUUUGAGCGAGUGUCUGUCAGUGAAGACUCGUUUUCUGAGGGUGCUGACUCUGAGGAUGAGGAGAACAGGAAGAGGAAGAUGGAGAAGCAGCUGGAGGAGAGCUCCAGAACCAGCAUGAGGGCAUCUAAGAUGGAGAGAAGAGAGAAGUAUGAGAUGAGUGAAAAAGUGCUUUCUUACUGCCACAGUCUGAAAGCCCAUCUAAAUGGCAGCAAGGCCUUGUCCAACAGAGAGCUGCGUUCCUGUCUGAACACGAUUCAGCAGGAGUGGUUCCGUGUGUCCAGUCAGAAGAAGGCAUGUCCAGAUACAGUUGAGGACUUCCUGUGCUUGUGCCGUCGUGUGUCCCCCGCUGUGCUAACUCACGUGGCCAAUAUGGCCGACCAGAAUGGCAACACAGCCCUCCAUUACAGCGUGUCCCAUUCUAACUUUAGGGUGGUGCAGAAGCUUCUGGAUGCAGAUGUGUGUAAUAUCGAUCAGCAGAAUAAGGCUGGGUACACUCCCAUCAUGCUGGCUGCACUGGCUGCUGUGGAAACCCAGGAGGAUAUGAGAGUGGUGGAGGGGCUCUUCAGUAAGGGAGAUGUCAAUGCCAAGGCCAUCCAGGCUGGUCAGACUGCCCUCAUGCUGGCGGUCAGUCACGGUCACAUGGACAUGGUUAAAGUCCUCUUGGCUUCGGGUUCAACGGUCAACGUCCAGGACGACGAAGGCUCCACUGCACUGAUGUGUGCCAGCGAACACGGCCAUGCAGACAUCGUCAAGCUCCUGUUAGCCCAGCCGGGCUGUGAUGCCACCCUGAGUGACAAUGAUGACAGCACUGCUCUGUCCAUAGCCCUUGAGGCCGGCCACAAAGACAUCGCCAUGCUGCUUUAUGCCCAUGUAAACUAUGCAAAAGGCCAGGCUAUGGGAACUCCUCGAAGCCGGACUCCACCUGCUGCAGCUGCAAGAGGCUUUUUUGAGUGAUUGACUGUUUUCCCACUCCUUCCCCAACACAAACCACAUGUUUUAGAUUAGCAGUCUUUACUAUGUGUUUAAAGCAGAUUUGCCAAAAAUCUUGGAGACAACACCUUAUCAGUUUUAACAGGUUUAGCAUAAGGUUCCAAAAUCAAUAUUUAUAGAAGCGAACACACCAAUGCAGAGUAUUAACCCCUACACCUGCAUAAUGCUGGAGACACUGCAGGCUAUGCUGUAGACAUUAUACUGACUCGACACAGGUGUAUAAACCAGCCUUAAGACACUGACUUGCUACUUCACCAUCAGCAGCCGGAGUCAGAAAGAGCACAAUUAUCAAUGCUCCCUCUGUGUGGGUAUAUGGUUUCCUCUCUCACAGGCAUCUAUUGGCUGAAGUAUCAGAGCUGGAGAUCCAGCACGUUUCUCUAAGCCAAGGUUUCUCAACCUGAGGCCAAGGACCACCAGAGGGCCAUGAAGCGCACUCUAGUGGCUUGAAUCCUCAGGGAGAAGCAGUAGUCUUUAGUGGGCCAGUGUCAACACUUUAAGUCAUAAGAAUAAAAUUAGAAAACAAUAAUUGAUUAUUGAAGUAAAAAUCUUGAAUCAAUUGUGCUCAAACUAUGAAUAUAUAUAUAUAUAUAUAUAUAUAUAUAUAUAUAAUCAUUAAUAGAACCCUACAAACAACAAUUUGCAGCCAUAACUUAAGGCACAUUGGAUAUCAUUAGUUUGACAAUCAGCUUACCCAAGUUGUAGAAAUGGAAAAGUGUGACACUGUAAUUCAGAAAUCGAUAAAAAUGCUCCAGUUUUAGUGUUAGCACUUGAGAAAUAAAAAGCCAUGUGUUGUUUUCUUA